UCCUCUUUGGCUUCAGUGCGCUCUCUCCUGAAGCCCUCUCUCCUGAAGCCCUCUUACAUCCAACAUGUCGUGUUUCCUGAUUUGUGGAGCUGUUUUUGUAGUCGCUGCCUACUUUUAUCACGAAAUCAUAGUGAAAGGAAAGAGAUGUACCAGCACCGUCAAACUGCACGGGAAGACGGUGAUAAUUACCGGGAGUAACACGGGGAUUGGGAAGAGGACUGCAGUGGACUUGGCCAAACGCGGCGCCCGGGUCAUCAUGGCGUGUCGGAGCAGAGAGCGAGGAGAGGCGGCCAUGUUGGACGUCAAGACGGAGAGUGGCAGCUCGGACGUGGUCUUCAUGCCUCUGGAUUUGGCCAGCCUGAAAUCGGUUCGAAGCUUCGCUGAAAACUUCCUCAAAUCCGAAUCGAGACUGGACAUCCUCAUCAACAACGCAGGUCUGCUCUGUGAGGGCCGCACCGACGACGGCUUCGGGAUGAUGUUUGGGGUGAACCAUUUGGGCCACUUCCUGCUGACAAACCUGCUCCUGCCUCGGCUGAAGGAGAGCGCCCCCUCCAGGGUGGUCACCGUAUCAUCGGUGGCCCACAACUUUGGACACAUCGACUUCGACUGCCUGAACAAACACAAGACUCUGGGUUUGGGGUCCACCAUGAACAAAUACUCCGCUAGCAAACUGUGUAAUGUGCUCUUCACUCACGAACUCAACAAGAGACUGCAGGGGACCAACGUGAGCUGUUUCUCGCUGCACCCAGGCGCCAUAAGUUCUGAAUUCGACCGGAACGUCAACCGAACCCUGGUCAUGCUUAUUACUCCACUGUCGUUGUUCUUCUUUAAGACUCCAGAGCAGGGCUGUCAGACCACGCUGCACUGCGCUCUCCAGCCGGGACUCGAACCUCUGAGUGGGCGCUACUUCUCCAACUGCACCGUCCGAAACCUGUUCGCUAAAGCUCGAGACGACGCCGCCGCCAAGAAACUGUGGGAGCUUAGCGAGAGCAUGAGCGGACUGCAGUAGGAGGCAAGGAAUCACCGGACAAAAUCGAAUCAACGUCCCAAUGGUGCCGCCUUGUAAAAUCCAGACUGAUACCUCUCUGUGUUUGUGAUUCACCUUAUUUUGGAAGUUAUUGUGGCAUCGUCAUUUCGGUUGUUGUAAUGUAGCUAGUCCAUUACCAUCAUGGAGGCUGCAGAAAGAAAGGACAUACACAAGUGUUUAAAAUGUUUUAUUGAUAAAUGUGUAUCACUGAAUUGAUUGUAAUUGUGCCCAUGUUGUCUGCCUUAGGUGUUUCGGCCAAAUGAGUCCCCGGGGAGCCGAAGCACCUUGAGAAGGUUCCGGGGCAGACCACUGGGGGUUAACAAGGAGGGGUGUUGUAUAUUUUAGCUUUGUGGGUAACGUGAUUAGUUUCCACUGUUAAAACAAUUGAAGUAAAACGGAGCUCUAUUUAAAUUAACAACUUCAUUGAAUAAAUUCUUACAAGACUUACCUGUUAUACAGAAUGGGCUCACCCAAUUAGGGAGAGGCUCUAUAAAAGGAAAAAUCUCAGUGGCUACGUGAGAGGGUGCUGCAUGUAUAACAGGUACUGAAAAGGCUGAUUUUUAAAAAACGUUUUUCUUGUUUCUUUGUAAAGUUAUGGUGAAAAAUAAACGCGCUUGGGUCUGCA